AGAUCUGCAAUAAGUUCCAUUUUCAUCAUUAUUUUCUUUCUAAGAGUCCUUAUUAUGUUCUUUCCUACUCCAGAUUUGUGUGUCUGCUGUCUUUGUUCCAGAAUUCACCUUCCUUCACCUUCAAGACAACUUUGAGAGGAAUGUUUUUGCUUAUUCAAUCUGCAUGUCCCUCCUUCCUGAAGGUUGUGUAAUCAUUGGAGUGACCUUCAAUUCCUGCUAACUUUAUUGGAGACACUGGCUCAUUUGUUAUGAUGCUAUGGUAUCCGAUUUUUAUGGAGAGGCAUUGAUAGGAAAGUUCCCUCUCUUGCGCUUUAGUGAGAAGAAUUUGUUUACGAGAGAUGGGAAUAUCUACCAGCUUUCUCAGGUUUGGCUGAAGGCUAUUUAACGUUUGUCCCUGGCAGGUAAUCUGCAUUAUAUUUUACAUGUUUAAGUGGUGAUAUAACUACCAAAAUAACUAAUAAAUCUUGUUACACCCUUAAAAAAUUAUGUAAUGAUGCAUUUAUGACGUGCAUGGAUGAGAUAUUUUAUCUGCUUUUACUAAUCGAUGUUCUGAUCUGGAUCAGUAUUGCUUUUACUGGCCAGUCCCCCCGGGUUUGAAUUCUGGCUUGAAUGUCUAAUGAUGUAAUGAUGCAUAUUUAUCAUGCAUGGACGAGAGAUUUGAUAUGCAUUUACUAAUUGAUGAUCUGAUCUGGAUUGGUAUUACUUUUUCUGGUCAGUCCUGGUUUUGAAUUUUGGCUUGGAUCUCUUUUCUCUUUUUUUGGCGCUAGAAUCUUAUUAUGAAUGCAUUAGCCAUUAGCAUUGGCCCCAAAAAAAGAGGAGGAUCUCCGACUACUUGACCUUUCUAAUCAUCUCAUUCUCUUUUCAUUUAGGUUGGUAGACUGUAAAUGUGACCCAUUUGAAGUUCAGCUGGCAAGCUUCCCCCUACAGCUGUUGGAUUAUGUUUUCUGGUAGCCUUUUGCAUGGCUCUCCAGAAGCACCAUAAAGGAACUGAUAAUGAAGAUCUCUGUUAAUCAGUAGGAGAAGACUUUUUUGAGCUUGACUUUCUGUUUACGUGUUUCCUUGAUUCCCAGAUUGCUUGUCUUAAAUCAUAUGCAAAAUGAUACCAUGCUUCUGUAUUUGAAUGGUUGUGGCGUUUGAAUGCCUUAAAUAAAUAGUAAUACUCAAUUGUAUUCAAUUGUGACUGAAUUAUAAACAUGAAUUAGUAGA